AUGGUUUGCAUUGGUAUUCCCAAGAAUUAUACAACUUCGCCGUCCUCGUAUAUUGGCACCCCGUCUUUGACAAUCAAUCAUGAAGCUGUCAUUGAUCUUGAUAGCUCCAAUGCAUUUGAAGGUCCCGAAAAGCUGCUAGAGGUCUGGUUUGGUCCCUCCGCCGACAAUCUUCUUGGAGGAACUGAUCCGCUCGGUCUCAAAGCUGUCCCGGCCGAAAUAUGGAAGGACAUGCUCGAUCUGGUCAACUGCAAGGUGCUAUCAAUCGUCGAAUCCGAGGACGUCGACGCCUACCUGCUUUCGGAAUCUAGCAUGUUUGUCUGGCGCCACAAGCUCAUCUUGAAGACUUGCGGCACCACCACCUUGCUAUCCGGUCUCCCUCGCAUCCUGGAGAUCGCUGCUUUGUUCGCCGGCUUCCCCAAAUCUACAGCACCUUCUUCCCGGAACAUUUCGAUCGCUGCUGCUCCUUAUCGAGUCUUCUAUAGCCGGAAGAACUUCCUGUUCCCCGAUCGCCAGCGAGGUCCCCACCGCAGCUGGCGCGAUGAGGUGAGGAACCUUGAUAAGCUCUUUGUCAAUGGCAGCGCCUACAUGAUCGGGAAAAUGAACGGCGAGCACUGGUACCUGUACCUGACCGAGCCAUAUACUCUGCUGACGCCACCAUCAACUCCACCUCCUGAUACUCAAACCAAGGUUCUCAACAUCCCGGAGAGCCUCCAAAGCAAGAAAGCAAUCUCUGGUUGUGAAGAAAGCGACGAAACUCUUGAGAUUCUGAUGACGGAUAUGGAAGAGGAGAAUGCAAAGCAGUUCUAUCUCGACCAUGCGAGUGCGGUCGCAGAUCUCCGUUAUCGGAAACUUGAGAAGGACAGAGACGAACAUGUUGACGUGUUCAGCAACACGUCUUCAGACAUCAGUGACCCCAGCUCUGAGGGCGAGCACGUUUUGCCGCCGGAGCUGACCACGGAAGGCCAUACCCUUGGUACUGUCGUGUCCGAGUCCUGCGGCCUGGCCGACGUGUACCCGACCAACAAGUAUCCCGAAUCUCGUAUUGAUGCCUAUCUCUUCACGCCUUGUGGCUUUUCUGCCAAUGGUGUCGUGCCUUCUCCUGACGGUAAAUCCGGUACUCAUUAUUUCACCGUUCAUGUGACACCAGAGCCUCAAUGCUCUUACGCAUCUUUCGAGACAAACGUGCCGCAUUCUCAGGAAGGACGCGAGACUGCGGAAAUUGUCAAGAACGUUGUCGAGAUAUUUAAACCUGGUCGUUUCACGGUCACCUUGUUCGAGGCAAAACCUGGAUUCGCCCUUGACGAGGCACUGACCCCUACCAAGUACCAUCGUUCGGCAGUCAUGCAAGCCAGAAAGAUGGAGAACAUCCCUGGGUACCGCCGAGUGGAUCGGAUCGUGCAUGAUCUUGAUGGGUAUGACCUAGUCUUCCGUUACUAUGAGCGCAAUGACUUCAAGGGGGGUGCUCCACGGAUUGGAGAAAUGUGA